UUUAUUCCCCUGUGCCAAUUUAGUAUUAUCCAUUGCUCAGCAACGUUUUUCCGGAGUUUUUCAAUUUUUCUUCAUGGAUUUUCACGGUUUUCGGUUGACAAAUUUUACGGUAUUGGUCUUCGUUCUUCAACUUUCGGUCUCUAAGAUUCGGUGAGUCGUCGGUAUCGAUCUCAGAUUCUUUUCAGUUUCGCGGUUUCGCGGUUUUGGAUAAUCAGCCAUGAUCGGUUUGGUCAAUUAUCGAAUAAUUCUUUUGUCAACGCUGCUAACAUUUGUUUUUGAUUUUACAGGUGAUCGAGCAACCAGAGUCGCUUUCUGCCAAUGGCUCCUCAACAGUGUGCAGGCGAAUCCCGGCUUCAUACAUAACGUAUGAUGGAGCGACGAAUCUACGUUUACCAGUGAAGGGAUUUUCAAUCAGCACAACACGCACCAUUGGGCUGUUGAAAAUCCCCACAUGGUCGGGAUUCGUCGCUUCCAACAUCGUUGGUCGGCCAUCAACAUCUGGGGUUGCAUAUACGCUGGUGCAAUCCAUCUGCGGUUGGCCCCCAAUCCACUUAAUGGACUAAAUUAUUUGGCAUUCAUCCAGGAAACACUUCCUGACAUCAUCGGUGACGGUCCUGGUGACCGAGAUGCCUGGUUUCAACAGGAUAGCGCUCCCGGGCACGGCAUCAGAGGCGUCACCGAUUUCCUGGAUGAAGUGCUUCCUGAGAGGUGGAUUGGAAGAUUUGGUCCUGUGCAUUGGCCUCCGCGGUAUUUUCCAAUAUCCCAUAAUUCCUUUCCCAAUUCUUGAAACCAUUUCCCUAGAUCCAAUUCCUUUUUUCCUCCCUUUAGCUCACCAGACCUUACCCCGAUGGACUUUUUCCUCUGGGGUUAUCUCAAAGACAAAGUCUAUGAAGUGACCAUCAAUACCCCAGAGAAAAUGAUUGCCCGGCUCCACGGUGCUGUGGCAUUGAUCGCUCCUGAGAUGCUCCGUAGGGUGGAAGCAGAGGUUGUCAGGAGAGCUCAAUUAUGCCUGGAUCCAGCAGGAGGACAUUUUGAGCAGGUAUGUCAAGUAAUUAAUAGUGAUGCUGCCAACGAGUAUUCAGAACGAGACAAGAUAAAAGCCAGAGAAGACAAGAGAGUGAGAAUUGCGAUUGUUGUCUUGUCUUGCCGCAUCACUAGUAAUUAAA